AAAGUGGAGUUUAACACAGGAACAAGAGGAGCUGAUGGUUUACUGAGCAAACGAAGAAAGAAGAAAGAAUUGUCACAGAAAACAAGAAACAACAGGACGAAGAAAUAAAGAAGCAGAGAAGAUGUGGAGGAACGAGUGAAGGAGAGUUAAGAGACGAAGAAAAGGAGACUGUUUUUCAUCAGCGGUGAAUUUAACAACAAACUGACAGUUUUAUUUGACCAGUCAGGAGGCUGUUUCUGUUCUGACUGCAGGACUGAGACAUGAGGAUGACUCCAGACACUGAGGAGUCCGUCAGGUGCACAGUGUCCGCCUGCAGCUGUGCGUGUUUCAAACCAGGAACUGUCCAGCUCAGGUCAUGUGAUCGCUGUGGACACGGCUGGGUCGCACACGCUCUGGCCAAGCUCCAGUUUCAGACCCAGCCGCCCUCCAGCUGCGGCCCAGUGGAGGUGGCCCUUCCUGGACUGGUGUUCGACCUGAGCUCCCUGGUCCUGUACGGAGCUCAGGCUGUUCCUGUUCAGCUGAAGAUUCUGCUGGAUCGUCUCUACAGCAUCCUGACCCCAGAUCAGGUCGGCCACAUCCUGCACACACUGGGCUGGAGUUUGGGGGACUAUGUCAGAGGGUACAUGCUGCAGCACCCCAGUGGGAAGGUGUUGGACCGCUGGCUGAUGGUGGCCCCUGAAGAAGAGCUGCUCAUCCUCAAACAGUUCCUUCGCUUCGGAGAGACACGUCCCAUAGUCGAGUUGAUGACCCUGCAGUGCCUGACAGCUGUCAAUCACCUCUCUGAUCCAGAGCUAAGCCCCGCCCCAAAGAGCUGCCAGUCAAACAUCAACACGUUCAUCGAGCGCAACGGGGGAACUCCAGAAAUGUUCAAGAACACGAGAGGAGAUUCACGUCUGGUGACCGGGGUCUGCCGCUUUAAGAAGAACAGUCCUGUUGACCACAGUGAACCUGUCCACCAUUUUGAAAACUUUCCAGGUGGACCGUCUUUGCUUCUGCCUUUCCACUUUCCAAGCCCCGCCUUGCACUGUUUGGUUCCUCCCACCAAGGAGCUUGUUCCUCCCAGUAAGCUCACACAGUGCCUACAGAAGCUCAGUGGGACCAAACUGCCUGAGAGACACAGGCAAGAAGGAGGAAGAAGAGAACAAGAAAAUGAUCACAGUCUGCAGCAGACUGAGUUUGAACCAGGUUUUAAAGUCAAAGCAGAUCCUGACAAGCCACACCCACCUCGCUCAGCAUGGCAUCAGGACCGCCGAUUCCACAAUGACCAGGAGCCUGACCAGCACAGGGGCGUGGCCAAACAGGAGAACACCUCCUCACUCUCUCCUUCCUUAAGCUCCUCACUUAUUCCUGCUUCUUCAUCACACCAUUCAAGCUGCACAGCUCCUCCUCCUUCUCUCUAA